AGAGACCCGAUUACCCUAAAACAGUAUUUCGCUUACCGCUGAUUUACAGUGUCCUGUGGCGUAACUCGGAUUUAUUCGCGUUUAAUUUUUGGAUAAAAUCCUCCAUCCUACAUAAUUGUUGUUCAGUUUACAGUAUCAUUUCGAUUCCAUUUUGUUUGUUCAUCGUCAUCGGUAUUUCUAUUACAUCGAAUUUCAUCUCUAAAAAUCGUUUCAAUCCGAGUCAUUUAUUUCGUGCGCUACCAACAUAUUAUGGCAUUUAUGAAACUAAUCGACCACAAAGGAAUCGCAAACGUUUGCCAUAAAAAUCGUAACACAUGUUAUUUAACUAAAAGUCAUAAUAAACUCGUCUCGUUUUCGAACUCGUCUGCAGUCCGGUCAACUGUCACUAGUGCCACAGCGGUAAAGCAUGUCGCCGAAGCUCGAACUCCUCGCAGAGAUCCGCUCGAUGUAAGUUUCGCUAAUCCAGAAGCCGCAUUCAAGAGUAAAACAACAUGGGAAGUUCUGCGAGCCUAUAUCGUUUACCAAUUAUGCUCAUCUCAAUACUUAGUCGAUAAUAACAUGAAGCUAAUGAAAUUCGGCAAGACGAUCCUAGGAGAGAAAUUAUUCGCAUCUUUGAUGAAAUCAACGUUUUACGGUCAUUUCGUAGCCGGCGAAGAUCAAUAUAAAAUUGUUCCAACCUUACAACGUCUACGUUCCUUCGGCGUCAAGCCGAUUCUGGAUUAUUCCGUCGAAGAGGAUAUUACCCAGGAAGAAGCCGAAAAACGUGAAGUAGAAGCCAGUACGUCUGAAUUGGAAAAACGAGACAAAAAAGCAGCUUUCGCCGAAGUCGGUUCAGCGGUCGGUGGCGAGUUACCUCAGUUUCACGUGGAUAAGAAAUUCGCCGACAGAAGAUACAAGGUGGCCAGUGCCAGGACGUAUUUUUACCUGAAUGAAGCCACUUGCGAACGUAACGUCGAAGUUUUUCAGAAUUGUUUACACGCUGUCGCCGGUGCGACUUACGGUACAGGUAUCACUGCUAUUAAGAUGACGGCAUUAGGACGACCUCAACUUUUGCUUCAACUUUCCGAGGUGAUCAUGAGGGCGCGUAAAUUUGCCAGCGAAAUUACCGGCGGUCCUGGUAACGUCAUGUUGCAGAAUUUAAGCAUCGAAGAACUGGAAAAGAGACUCAUUCAGGCUGGUAUUACCGAUACGAAGAAAUUCCUCGAAAAAGUCACCACCGAUAGUCAAGGAGUUAUUCAUUUAUUCCCUUGGAGCGGUUUACUGAACGAACGAUCCGAACUGAGCGACACGUUCAGAGUACCUUGCCUCAAGGAAAAACGUAUGGUACGUUUACUUUCACAAUUAUCUCAAAAAGAAGAAGAAAUGUUCCGUAACAUGGUUCGAAGACUUAACCUACUAGUUCAAACAGCCAAAGAUCUCGAUGUACGUAUAAUGAUCGACGCCGAACAAACGUAUUUCCAACCGGCCAUCUCUCGUUUAACGCUGGAACUUAUGCAGAAAUACAAUAAAGACAAAGCAAUCGUAUUCAACACCUAUCAGUGUUACCUGAAAGAAGCCCUGAAUGAGGUGAGAACCGAUUUGGAUCAAGCUAAAAGGCAGAAAUUCUAUUUCGGUGCCAAACUAGUCCGAGGAGCGUAUAUGGAACAGGAACGUGCUCGCGCAGUAUCGCUCAAUUAUACAGAUCCUAUUAAUCCUUCUUACGAAGCUACCACCGAAAUGUAUCAUAAUACCUUAUCCGAAUGCUUGAAGAGGGUUAAAGAGCUCAAAGAUGUCGGAGAUGUUGCCAAUAAGAUCGGUAUCAUGGUAGCCUCCCAUAACGAAGAUACCGUUCGAUUCGCUAUACAAAACAUGAAAGAGAUCGGAAUUUCACCCGAAGAUAAAGUCAUUUGUUUCGGUCAAUUGUACGGUAUGUGUGAUUACAUCACGUUCCCAUUAGGCCAAGCUGGCUACUCCGCGUACAAAUAUAUUCCAUACGGUCCGGUCAACGAAGUAUUACCGUAUUUAUCGCGCAGAGCGACUGAAAACAAAACCGUAAUUAAGAAAUUACAAAAAGAGAAGAAAUUACUAAAAGAAGAAUUAAUCAGGCGAUUGAAGAACGGUCAACUAUUCCACACACCAAAGGGAGACUACGAACCUAUAUAAAUACGUCUUCGUUGGCUCAGUCUCUAUCCAUCUUUUCUUUUCUAUUUUUUUCUUUCUCUAUUUCUCUCUCAUUGUUUUAAUGUAUAGCUAUAACCGACGUGAACAUUUAAGUGCUUAUCUAUUAAUGUUUUAUAUAGCCGCGCUUCAAUCGGUUUCUCUCAGGUUGUAUCGAUUUUUACACGUAUUUCGAUUUUCGAACUCGCGUUCGGAGAAUAAAAAUGCCCCUUUGGUAGGGGGUGCUGCGCUGCGCUGGUUCACGACACGAAACCAUUUACGUGUAAGUAUCUCGAAAUGGAAUUUCGAUCGUCAUUCGUACCUCUUUUCGAAGACUCCGCCAAUGCGGAUGCAUUUUUAUAUAGUUUUAACUUAGAGACGCUCACGCAGAUGUGCUUUAAAAUUCUAAAAAAUUGAGAAAAUUACCAAAAAAAAUUUUCUUCAAAUGCGCUUUUUUUUUGUUCGAGUUACGAAAUUUUUUUACAAAGGUGAAUGGACUGACGCGUAUCGAGUGAUAAUUCAACGAUUGUUGGAAAGGAAAUGAAACUAAAAUUUCAUACGACAGGAGUGUGAUUGUAUUCUGAAAAUUUCGAAUUCGUAGAACGUUUUUUUAACUGAUGAGAAAUUCGUUGUUUAUAAAUUUUGCCAAUUCGAAUAUUAUUUUAUCAUCGUCAGUUGACGUGUUAUCACUCGAAUGUAACCGGAAAUUUCUAAAUGACGGAAUGAGAAGGGAGAUUGGAUUCGAUGAUUGAAAUUCUAAUCUCUAUUCCAAUGACACGUGGUUUCUAAAACCGACGUUCUCAUUCUUUGAAAUUUUUCAAGCAUUCUGAAUUCUGAUCCAUCCACCUUUGUAUCCUCAAACGUGAGUAGAAAUGUGAUGUUUGGCGAUCUGCGUUUCUUAUUACGUUGUGGUUUGUGUUAUUUGUUGAGCUGUUUUAUGUGAUGAUUAAAGAGACAAUAAUUGUUUAAAAAUUACUAAAAAAAAAUCGAAAAAAAAAAGAAUUGUACUUAAGAUUAGCGAAAAAAAGUAAAAAAAAAAUAUGUAAAAAAAGUACACCCACGCAAAAAAACAUGUACCUACGAGUAUUUUUUCAUUAUAAUUUUUUCGUCCAAUAAUUUUACAAUACGAGUAUUUUAACAGUAUUUUCACAAAUUUGUAUUAUUUUAUACGACCUAAAAUAUGUAUUAACUAUUGUGUAAGUCCGAAAAGGGAUAAACUAAAUCGCAUGUAGGGUUUUCGUAUACUUUGUCUAGUCAUAUGCAUUAUUUUACAUAACGCAAAACAUUGAGAACGACGACGACGUCGAUAUCGAUCGUCGUAAAAUUCUUCAAAUUAUCGUGCUGUUUCUUCUUUUUGUUUGUUUUUCAUCGUAAGUUUGUAAAAAUAAAAUUUUGAAAAAGUUUCCUAGAUUAUUUUUAAAAACUACUUAUUUAGGGAUUUUUGUUUUUGUUUCGUUGUUUUCUUUUUCGAAUGUCAAUUCGCUUCCUUCAUGGUGUGUACAUAAGGGCGAUGAAAAAUUUGAAAUUUAAGCUGUUUUUGUUUUUUUUUCUCAUUUUGUUCUCGUGUCCAACGAAGUUAUUCCAUGUGUAUCAAAAUUUUUUUUGUAAAAAUGUGAUCUUUUGUUUUGUUUUUAUUGCGUAAUGUUUAUAAGUUCCGAUGUUAUGGCGACUGUGGUUUCAACCGGAUCGAAAAGAAUAUCAUUGUUGAGUAGUAUUGAGAUUAUAAGUUAUUGUAUUUUAAGCAUUUAGUAUCGUUUUUGUCCCCUCUACCGUGAAUUUUUUUUUUUGUUUCAUUCUAAAAUUUUUUCAAAUAGCGUUGUCACUUUGUAGUGUUAAUGCUGUAGCGUUUAUUGUUUCGAUGUGUAAUAGCGAUGGCAGUUUGUGUAAUUGUUGUCAUAAACGAUGAAAUUUAUUAUUGUU